CCAGUAGCGCCUUAUCUCCCUCCCUCUCUCUCUCUCUCUCUCUCUGUGUCAUGUCGUCGUCGUCGUCGGCAGCUCGCACCCUCCUCUCGCCGGCGGCGCCUCCUGUCCCGCGCCGCGGCGUGGUGCGUCCCGCGAGGUGCUCCGGGGGCGGCGGCGCGGCGGCGGUGGAGACGGCCGCGUCGGGGGCGAAGGUUUGUACGGUGAGCAACCGCGGGGACUCCCUGGCGAUAUGCCGGGUGCUCAACGGCAUGUGGCAGACCAGCGGCGGGUGGGGCCGCAUCGACCGCGACGCCGCGGUGGACGCCAUGCUCGCCUACGCUGACGCCGGCCUCUCCACCUUCGACAUGGCCGACCACUAUGGACCAGCAGAGGAUUUGUAUGGCCUUUUCAUCAAUAGAGUUCGGCGUGAGCGGCCACCUGAGUUGCUUGAAGAAAUCAAGGGGCUAACAAAGUGGGUACCACCUCCGGUUAAAAUGACCAGAAGUUAUGUUGAGGAUAAUAUUAACAGAUCUCGAAAGAGAAUGGAUGUUUCUGCCUUGGACAUGCUGCAGUUCCAUUGGUGGGAUUAUGCAAACCCUGGAUAUCUGGAUGCACUAAAACACAUCACAGACCUAAAGGAGGAAGGUAAGAUAAAGACAGUAGCUCUGACAAACUUCGAUACAGACAGGCUGCAGAUAAUUCUAGAAAAUGGUAUCCCAAUUGUCAGCAACCAGGUUCAACAUUCUAUUGUUGACAUGCGUCCGCAGCGAAGAAUGGCAGAACUUUGCCAGCUUACUGGAGUAAAACUUAUAACGUAUGGCACAGUUAUGGGUGGUCUGCUGUCUGAGAAGUUUCUUGACACCAAUGUAUCUAUACCUUUUGCUGGACCUCCUCUGAAUACCCCAUCUUUGCAGAAGUAUAAGCGGAUGGUGGAUGCCUGGGGUGGCUGGAGCCUGUUCCAGGCUUUGCUUCAGACGUUGAAGAAAGUAUCAUUGAAGCAUGGUGUUUCUAUAUCAACUGUUGCUGUGAGAUACAUACUGAACCAGACAUCUGUUGCGGGUUCAAUGGUGGGUGUGAGACUGGGACUCUCUGAACACAUAAAAGACACCAACGCCAUCUUCUCGCUUGAAUUAGAUGAAGAGGACAUGAACAGCAUCACUGAAGCAUCGAAUAAGGGAAGAAAUCUUAUGGAUAUAAUAGGCGAUUGUGGAGACGAAUACAGAGCAUAAUUGUGCAGAGAGAUAAAGAGAGAGAGAGGCAGAGGGGGUAGACCAAUGAGGCGUGUGCCUGCCAGUUUUCUGGAGUUCUGAAAUCUGAUCUGUUUUGUCAUGAACGUAGUGUGCAGCAGCUAUCUGAUCUUCCAGUAUACUACUACUCCAGAUCAGUGUGUAAACCAACCUCCCAAAAGAAAGUGGCAUUUUAUAAGAACUGUACAUACACAAGACAGAUUAUAAUUUGAUAUGCCCAUUAAUACGGAUUCGAUUUGCGCAGUUAGCCAA